AUGAAUCUGGAACGAAUCAAGAAAAAGCUCUUCAAUGGAUUUAAAUUGAGCGGUUUUAAUAUUAGAAAAGAAUUCUGUGAGCUCAUAAUAGAGAAAUGCAUUGAGGAGCACAUCGACUUAACUGAUACAGAGAUAUUCGAUGGCUGCAUUAAGGAUAUAUGCCAGAGCUUGGAAAGGCAGAACAUACAUGAUAGAAGUAUUGAGUUGGAGCAUAUCAAGCAGGCCAUUGAAGUGUGCUUGCACUCAGGCCACGAUAAACAUGAGACUGUCUUCAAAGUGAUUGGUGCUUUUGAAUUCCCCAGACUCAGGUAUGAUCCAGAAAGGAAAAGGUAUAUGGUGAGUUCCAAGAAAUCCACUUUCCUAUCAGAUGCCAACAGCAAGGCCCAAUUGUUUUUGGAGAGGUACGAGAGUAUUUUGCAGAGGACAAGGAGGAAUUUCAAAAAUAAACUUACCACUGAAGCCAAUAGAAUACAGCUGCAGACAGUUGAUUAUUUGCUAACUCUGUCUGAGCACACUUUAGAUAAAACUGUGAUAUUGGGUUCCUUAUUGCAAGUUUCUGAGGGGAAAUAUUAUUUGGAAGAUCCCACUGGGAUUGUCCAUCUAGAUUUAACACAUGCUAAGUUUCAUGGUGGAUUAUUCGUGGAGAAUUGUUUUGUACUGGUGAAUGGGUAUUACGAAGAUAAAAAGUUGAUGGUUUCGACAAUAAUUUUACCACCAGGCGAGGAGUAUAAUGAUUCCAAGUUGUCUUUCAGUAAUAUAAAUUAUUUUGGUGGCGACUCUUCCACUCCAUUGAGACAGUCUCAAGCUUUGAAGGAUUAUUUGAAUAGGAAUCCCAUGAACAUGCUCCUAUUGUUCUCCGAUGUUUGGUUGGAUCACCCUAACGUUUUCGAAAAGUUGGAAAUGCUUUUUAACGGAAUGGAGGCAAAUCCGCCCUCAGCCUUCAUUUUUAUGGGUAACUUCAUGUCCGAAUCACACGGGUCCGAGUACAUCGAAGUCCUGUCGAAACUCUUCAAACAAUUUGCUUCAUUAGUAAAUCAGUUUCCAAACAUUUUGAAUAACAGUAAAUUCGUCUUCGUGCCAGGCAUGAUGGAUCCAUGCACCCCGCACAUAGUUCCUAGGAUAUCUCUUCCUUCUAUAAUCUCAUCGCAGUUCACGAAAGUAGUUCCGAAUGCGAUUUUCACCACGAAUCCGUGUCGAAUUCAAUACUGCACCAGAGAAAUCGUGCUGUUUCGAGCAGACGUUUUAGCGAAGCUAAUGCAAGCGACGAUCCACAAACCGCAAAAGGAUGAGCUCUCAGAUUGCGUAACCAGAACUGUGAUUAGUCAAGGACAUUUAAGCCCGAUGUCUUUGAACGCUCUGACCGUCCACUGGGACUUCGACUAUACGCUCAAUUUGUAUCCACUACCAAAUCUGAUUGUAAUCGGGGAUAAAUCGGAAUCUUAUCAAGGCGAAUACAAGGGAUGCAAAGUUGUCAAUCCGGGUUCGUUUUGCGAAGGCGGUUUUCAGUUCAAAUGCUACACCCCAUACACCGAACAAUUGGAUGACUGCGUUCUGUGAUCAAAUAAUGUUAAUAUCUUUGUCUUUACUCUUUUUAUUAUGAAACACGUUUAUUUCUUAUCGCCUAAACUCAUAGUUUUUUUUUAUAUAAUAUAUAUAUAAAAAGAAAAAAGUUUGU